CUUCCCUAUCUUUGCCAACUACCUAGAUCGCUUAUAUAUAUAUAUAUAUAUAUAUAUAUCAAAAUAUCCCUUAUAAAUAUUGUCGACACAUGGCUUGCCCAGAGAAUCAAUUUGUGACUCAAAUCACCGAAUUGUACGAGAAAAUCUUGAAGCUCGAGAGCUUAAAACCUUCCAAGGAAGUCGAUACUUUAUUCGGACAGCGCAUAACAAUGUGCUUGCCCACGGAUACACAAAUUGACUUCUCAAAGAUGAGCCAGGAUGUCCAAGACAUGAGAUCUAAUCUCAUCAAGCUACGUGGAGAAGCCGUCGGAUAUCUAGAGCAACACUUCUCCAAGUUAUGGGGAUCUCUCGAAGACCCACUUAACCACAUAGAUCGAUUCCCUACCUACGCCAACUACCUCAACCUAAGUAAGCUCGAGUACGAUCUCCUCACGCAACACACGACUCAUGUCCCAACCAAGAUUGCGUUCGUGGGAUCGGGUCCGAUGCCCCUCUCGUCCAUCAUCUUAGCUAAAAGCCACCUGCCAAACACGAUGUUCCACAACUUUGACAUCGACCCUCAAGCCAACGCCCUCGCCUCCCAUCUUAUCUCACGUGACCCUGACCUCUCCGCUCGCAUGAUCUUCCACACCACUGACUUACUCAAAAUGACCAAAGAGGUUUUAAGUGACUACGACGUGGUUUUCUUGGCUGCUCUUGUUGGAUUGGACAAAAAGGCAAAGAUUAAAGCCAUUGAGCACUUGGAGAAGCACAUGGCUCCUGGAUCACUUCUCAUGCUCCGGAGUGGUCAUGGCCUUAGAGGUUUUUUAUAUCAUAUCGUUGAUCCUUGUGAUCUUAAAGGUUUCGAGGUCUUGACUAUGUAUCACCCGAUGACCGACGCAUUUGUCAACUCAGUGGUGGUCGCACGCAAGCUCGGUACUCAAACCACGACAGUAAGGGAUAGUGAGGUUCGUAGCGGCCAGAUCUGAUGCAACUCAGCAACGGUGCCAAUAUAUGUACAAGGUAUAUGACUAAUAAAUAAUCCUGGAAGUCCGUAUUUAUUUGUUGUUGUCAUUUAAUGUCUAUGUGUGUGGUGUUUUAUAUUUUACGAUCCGUGAUUAUGGAGUACUAUUAUUAAGAACUAAGCACCAGUGACAGUGGUGUAUUGUUAAUCGAUUUCUCGAUUAUUACAUGAAUAUUAAUUGGUUGAUUUCAUUUUACUACAA